AUGUCUCCUGAAUAUGCUAUGGAUGGUUUAUACUCAGUAAAGUCUGAUGUGUUUAGCUUUGGAGUAUUGCUACUAGAGAUUGUGAGUGGUAGGAAGAACACUGGCUUCUAUAACUGCGAGUCACUCAGCCUUGUUAGAUACGCUUGGGAGUUGUGGAGAGAUGAUCGAAGUUUGGAGAUGGUGGAGCCAACAAUAGGAUAUCUUUCUUCCACUUCUGUUCUGUUGAGAUUCAUUAACAUUGGCCUUCUUUGUGUCCAAGAAAGUUCGACUGAUCGACCUACCAUGCUUAGUGUAGUCUCAAUGAUUAGCAAUGAACAUUCACCUCUACCUACACCCAUGCAACCUGCUUUCACGAGAGGUCGGAAUGUGAUGGACACAAAUUCAACCGUCAACAGUGUAGGAAACCUAACUAUUUCAAUAAUGGAAGCUCGAUGA